UAUUAGGCACACAAAGAACUCGGUAUAUGGAUAUGUAUGAAUUUAUGGGGGUUAUGGUGCAGUAAGCCAACUCCACUUUCAUGUACAAUUUGGAAUGUAGGAAUCAUUUUCUUCUCCCCAAAGGUUCCAAGAGUUAAAGAAUGAAAGCUUUAUCAAUAAUUGAUGGUAAAAGUGAAGCAAAUUGCAACAAAUAACUUAAUAAUUUCCUCUGAGGCUUUCCUCCUUAUUUUCCUGCAGCAGAAAUAGCUCUGUGCCUCCAUAAAAAAGGUGCAUUAGUAACAAUGCCCCUCCAGGUCAUAUAGUAAAAUGUGGCUUUCAUUUAAACCAGUUGAAAUUUGAUUAUUUUUUAAUUACAUAAAAGAGCAGCAGAAAAGGAAUCCACAAAAAUAUUCAUGGGCAAAAGGCAGCAAGGGGAAAUAUUCCCGUUUAGCUGAAAAUUUGGAAACAACAUACAUCUGAAUGUGUCAUGAGCUGCACCAGUCACGAUAAAAACAUACACAUUAACUUUGUUUUCAGGUGAUGUACAAUAAAUUAUUUGUCCCUGUGGAAACACAUUUCGGUCAGGUGGCAUGUAGCUCUUUAAAACGCCACAUUUAGCAAUCAGAAGCUCAGAAGUACAGGCAAAGAGAAAGCAAGUGAAGGCAGCAUGAACUCCUGUGCAGUGGUCGGUUACCUAGCAACCACAGACGCCAGCGCUUCGCUUCCCCUAGCUGGGGAUUCACUUUUCUGAGGUUUUAUGACCUUUACUGGGUCAUUUGUAGCCGGGAAGAUGGACGUAUCAGUCCAGGCACAAACCAAACCACUUUCUACCUUGUCUGCCUUCAGUUACAUCCCACCACGACGAAAGGAACCAAAAGAAAUGUCCUACUUUAACAAAGACUCAAAGGUCCCAGAGGUCUCCAUGUAUGACCAUGUGUACCACCAGGCUGAGGGUUAUGAUAUGAAACUGCACCGGGAUGACAGACAACAUCAUAAAGGAAGAGGUCUAAACAUAAACGAAGAGGAGAAGUCCCGAGCCGUGCCGGUGCUCUCCUCUUCAGAAUACGGCAGUCGUCCAGUUCCUGUGCUCUAUGAAACCGGCCGGCACUUCGCACGUGUGGCUUGCAUAAAAGCUGAAUUUUUCAUGAAAAAUGGGAUCAUCUGGAAUGUGGCAGAAGGAUACGGAUCAGUGGCCCCCCUUUGAAAUCCUGAAGUAUCUCAGCAUGAAAUCAGAGUGAUCUCACUGUGAAAGCACUGAAUAAAAAACAACUGUUGUAGUGUGUAGAUUUCACUUUACUUGAUGGUCUAUAUAAAAAAGAAAUCAAACCAAUUAAACCAUAAUUUAAUCAGCUGGCAUUUAAUUAUGAUAAUCUGUAUUAUUAACUGGUAAAUAGCAAGAAACACAGAGUCUGUCGAAAGACCGUAAAUGAGAAAAAUAUGGAGACUGACAUUUUCCAGGAAGCUCAGGCUACAUUUCCUAGUUUGAGGCUGAAAUCACUCCAUCAAAAGGACCAUCAUGUAAAGGUUCAGGUGGUACAGACUCAAUAAAUCAAAUAGUCUUCUAGUUACUGCAGCUCAACAUUGCAAAUGAUAUCAAAGAUCAGAGACUUGGUGUUAACAUUCCCGCCUAUAAUGGUUGUAUGAACUUGAAUGACAGGAAUAAUGUGAAUUUUUAAACCGACUACCACUUACUAUAAAGUAUAUGAUUGAAGCGCAGAAAGUUGAUAAUGAAAUCGCUGUCCAAGCCAAUCUAAGGUACUUUGGUCAACAUAUGAACCACCUUCUCCUUUGAAACCUACUUCUUAGCUGCUUUUUAGCUUUAGACUUUUGCCACUGUACGUUCCUUAUAUUUAAUCUCUCCUCUGCCUCGUGUACAGUUCUUUUUGUGUAUCCCUGACCUCUCUGAUUUGCAAGCUCCUGGAUUCUUUUUGUGUUUAAAUUCUGAACCCACACAACUGAGACCAACCUAUUACAUAAAGUGAUUUUUUUGAGCACAGACAUCUCUCAUUUGCCUUUAUACUCAGACAUUUUUUUCUUAUAAGGGGUACAGUAUUUCAGUCUGUUUGGUGUUACAACGGCAGUGUUUAUUUGAUAGGAGCUAAUGUUGUCAUGCAAGGUAGUAUUUGGUCAUAAAAGAAUAGUUUCACACCUCAAACACCUCAUCAUCAGAGAUUUCUGUUCAGUCCUAAAGUGCUCUAUGUAUUUACCACACAAAUGAUUUCUGUUCAUGUUGUUUAUUUUACAAGAAGAAUUAUACACGUUCUGUGCAUAUUUACUCUGUCUGUUUAAGUUCUGAAGUACUCACGUAAGUAUUACGUACUAACAUUGACAGUUUGUAUUUGUAAGGCAUUGUUUUAUCUUUAAUGAAACAGCCUAAAGACUGAUGACACUCUCAUAUCUGUCAGUUAAAUAUGAAGCUACAGCCAGCAGCUGAUUAGCUUAGCACAAAGACUGGAGACAGCUAACCUCCAACCAGCACCUCUAAAUGUCACUAAUGAACACCUUGUGUGCUGUUUGUUUAAUCUGCACUGUGCUGUUUACCUCUGUUUCCAGUCCUUGCGCUAAGCUAACUGGCUGCAGGCUCAUGUUUAUCAGACAAAUAUGACAAUGGUAUCAAUCUUCUCAUCUAACACUCCACGAGAACGUGAACGAAUGAAGAAUGUGAUUGAAUGAAGUGUAUUUCCCAAAAUGUUGAACUACUGAUUAAAAGAAAAUUGGUAAUAGAGCCCCUGUAAAAGCAGAGAUGGGUAUUACUAACACAUUCUGGCCUGUUUGAUGGCUACAAUAAAUAACAAUUACCAAAACCAAA